AUGAGAUUGAAAAAAAAGUGCCAUAGAUCAGGAGAAUUUAGGUCAAGAGGAACAAAGAGUCGAAAGUUAAAAAUACAAGGCAGCAAUAAAAUAGGAGGCUACUGUCCUGCUUUGAUAAGCACAGUUUUAAAAAAUAAUGGAUGUGUUGUACGAUACUGCAAAACUCACCUUGGGCAUGGUCAAGAUUUAGGGCAUCUUUUUUUGUUCGAGUGGCAAAGGCAAAACAUAGCCACCAAGAUUGCUGCAAAUAUAGAAAACAGGAAGGACAAAGAUAAGUGGUUUAAUGCAGUAGCGAGAGAGCUUAAGUCAAUAGAAGAUAAUAACACAUGGAAAGAGGUGGAAGAACCAAAAGACAUUAAUAUUCUCGACACAAAGUGGGUAUUUACACAUAAAAUUCUGGAAGAUAAAGAAGAAGACAAGUACAAGAAUAAUCAUGGGAAUUACCAAACUACAGAUGGUACAAAGGUCACCACCUAUGCUUGUCACCGCUCAGGCUUUUACAAAGGUACUGUCCCGCAACUAUGA